GUGCAGUUGGGAAUCGCGUUUUCAUAUAAGAAUCAAAGUGCUAUCAAAAUGAAAUGUAUUGUGUUUAAAUAUAUUCUAUUUAUAAGCCUAAUACUGAUCUUAGCUGAAGCAGCAGAGGCUAACGAAAAUGAGUCUUGUGUGGCAGCCAGAAAAGCAGAGGAGGAAUGUGGAGAGCACACCUAUAAGGCUGUUAGACCAUUAUUAAAGUAUAUACAUCAGAUGAAGACGGAAAUUGAAAGCAAUAACAAUAAAAUGGAAGGCAAAGAUAGAGAAAUCAAGCAAUUGCAGGAAAAACUUAACCUACAUAAUGAACUUAUCAUCGGGGCACUUAAAGAGCUAACGAAGAAUGUUUUAUCAAUAAAAGAGGAAAUGGGUAAACCCACUUCCAAUGCCUUGAAAGUCCAGCACCUUGAAGAGCAGCUGGAGAAACAAAAGAAGUCAAUCGAUCAAAAGGAUCAACAAAUAUCCGAAAUCAAAAAUGAAAUCAACAAUUUAACCAAAAAAUUAAAAAGCUACGAAGAAAAGCCCGUUUACGGUGGAUGCACUCCCUUUGGAGAUGCCCCGGGUAUUCAUAAAAUUACUAUUAAAGAUUCUUUCGAUGUACUCUGUGAUAGUGCGACAGCAGGUCCUGGCUGGACGGUUAUCCAACAGCGAAUCAAUGGCAAAGAGGACUUCUAUAGGGAUUGGAAGACAUACCGUGCCGGCUUUGGAAACUUUGAUGGUGACUUCUUCUUAGGACUGGAGAAAAUUCAUCGCUUGACGAGUGCCCAGCCCCAUGAGCUGUACAUACAUAUGAAAGGAUUUGAUGGUGUCAUCAAAUACAGAAGAUACGAACAAUUCGCUAUCGCUGGCGAGGAGGAUCAAUACAGACUGAGCAUCUCUGGUAAGGCUGUGGACAAUGAAUACGAUGAGUUGGGCUUCCACAACAAUCAGAAAUUCAGCACAUUCGAUCGUGAUAAUGAUGCCUGGGAUGAUGGCAACUGCGUAAAUAAUUAUUAUGGUGGCUGGUGGUUCACAAACUGUGCAUUAAGCAAUUUAAAUGGCAAAUAUCAUAAUCAUGAGAUGGACAAAGGGGUUGCCAUAUAUUUGGAUGGCUUCGUCUCGUUGAAGAAUGUGAAAAUUCUUAUACGACCCAAGAGCUAUUGAAAAUUGUAAAAGUUUUAUCUAAAAACAUAUACAAUACUUUGAAAUAUACAAUACUUUUCACAAACUCCAUUAA